GCCGCGCGACACGGCACGCGCCCGCCGCCAGCCCACCCCGCGACGCAGCUCCGGCGUGCUCAACCUCUACAUACCUCCCGAUGGAAUUGUUCUAAACUUGUCACAGUACUGGGAAACUUUACCCAACUUUAUAAAACACUCUGUAAACGUUUUCGUACAUUUACUGUCCGUGACCUUGAAAUUUGUACAGUUCGCGGAUGAUAAGAAAAUAAUAACAUAACUGAUAGUGUAAAUUUUGAAACUUUAAAACUAUGAGUAACUGAAAGGUUGUAAUAAAUGUAAUGCUGUGUAGUGAUUGCAAAUAAAAUAAAGUGUUUUAAAUGUGUUAGUGUUAUGGUAACUGAAAGAGCAGAAAAGAAAUAAGCUCAAAGUUUGCGGGUCGCUAAUCGGAGGAGGAGGCUGCGAGAUCUUCGCUUCGGCUCAUCGGAGUGAUCGAAUUUAUGACAAACGGUGAAACAAAUGAUUCAUAGGAUAAUCUACUUUUCAUCUUUACCAGAAACAUGAUUCGGUCCCCCCGAGCGCGCGAGAAACAGGUGAGAUGAGCUGGCGGCGCCGGCGGCGGGCGGCUGGCGGCGGCGCGGCGGCGGGCGGCGCGGCGUGAUGCGCGCUGCCGGCGCCGCGCUGCUCGCGUGGCUCGCGUGCUGCACCGCGCUCUCUGCACACAAAUACAGUACCCGCGUGGUGCGCACGAAGUACGGCCCGCUGCGAGGCAUCGUGGUGCACGCGCACCCGCCCGUGGAGGCCUACCUCGGCGUGCCCUACGCCACCCCGCCCACCGGCAGCCUCAGAUACAUGCCGCCGGUGACGCCAUCGCAGUGGCGCGCGACGCGGCUGGCGGACGCGGCGGGCGCGGCGUGCCCGCAGGCCCCGCCCCCCGCCGCCCCGCGCGACGACGCGCUGCUGCUUCACCCCCGCGCUCGCCUGCGUCAGCUGGAGCGACUGCUGCCGCUGCUGGUCAACCAGAGCGAGGACUGCCUCUAUGUGAACCUUUAUGUGCCUGUUAGCGGUGGCGAGGGCGCGGUGGACAACGGCGGGCUGCCGUGCGUGGUGUUCGUGCACGGGGAGUCGUACGAGUGGAGCGCCGGCACCGCGUACGACGGCACGGCGCUCGCCGCGCACGGCAACGUCAUCGUCGUCACCAUCAACUUUAGAUUAGGCGUUUUAGGUUUUUUAAAGACUGGUGCUAAGGGCUCGGCGCAGGGGAACUUCGGGCUGAUGGACCUGGUGGCGGGGCUGCACUGGCUGCGGGAGAACCUGCCGGCCUUCGGCGGCGACCCGCAGCGCGUCACGCUCAUGGGCCACGGCACCGGCGCCGCGCUCGCCAACUUCCUCUCCGUGUCACCUGUUGCUAGAGAGUUGCUGCGGCGCGUGAUCCUGCUGAGCGGCUCCGGGCUCAGCUCCUGGGCGCUGCAGCGGGAGCCACUCACCAUUAAACGAAAGGUGGCAGAACAAACGGGGUGCCACGGCGACCUGCUGGAGGACGACCUGGCGCCGUGCCUGCGCAACAAGCCGCUGGCGGAGCUGCUGGCCGUCCGCCUCGACCCGCCGCGCUUCCUGCCCGGCUUCGCGCCCUUCGUGGACGGCACCGUCAUCGUCAACCCCUCCUCGGCGCCGCCCCCAUCUGACAGCUCGCGGCUGGGCGCGGGCGCGGCUGCGGUGGCCACGGCGGCGGGCCACGAGCUCGCAGACUUCCCGCACCGGGAGCUGCUGUUCGGACUCACCACCACGGAGUCGUACCUGGAAUUCAAUGCUCAAGAUAUGGAAUUCGGGUUCAACGAGAGCCGGCGGGACCGUAUCCUGCGUACGUUCGUGCGCAACGCGUACUACUACCACCUCAACGAGAUCUACUCCACGCUGAAGAAUGAAUACACGGACUGGGACAAGCCCGUGCAGAACCCGCUCAGCGUGCGCGACGCCACACUCGAGGUGCUAAGUGACGGGCGCACGGCGGCUCCGCUCAUCCGGCUCGGCUACUUGCACGCGCUGCGAGGGGGCACCACCUUCUUCACACACUUCCACCAUCUGUCUUCCGAUAAGGAUUACCCCCAGCGCCCCGGGUCGGUGCACGGCGAGGAGCUGCCCUACUACCUGGGUGCACCGCUGUCGCCGCAGCCGCACUUCCAGCACAACUUCACGCUGCAGGACCAGCGCGUCGCCAAGACCUGCGUGCACUUCCUCGCCAACUUCGUGCGAUAUGGGAACCCGAAUGACCCUUCAGCUACGCCCCCACCCAGCCCGCUUCUCGGCGAAUCCCCGAGACUGGGUCCAGACGAACUGCCAUACUGGGACACUUACGACACCAUCAACCAACUGUACAUGGAAAUCAGUAACAAGCCGGAGGUGAGGAGUCACUACCGCGGCCACAAGAUGUCGCUGUGGCUGUCGCUGAUCCCGCAGCUGCACCGGCCCGGGCCCGAGAUGCCCGACGCCGCCAUGCGCCAUCAUCACUUCCAGGACGAUAACGCCAAUUACUACGAAGGUGCGGUCCGGCCUCAGUCAACGUCUCGCCUGCACGUGCCUCACGUGGUGAACGCGGAAGGCGGCGGCCAGGGGGCGCGCAGCACGGCGCCGCCCCGCCCCCCCGCGCCGCGCCCGCCCGCCCCCGCGGCGCCCGCGUCCACCGAAUGUCCGCCCAACACCACCGCCGCGCCCGCGCACCCCGACGACGCGCUGCUGCGCCGCCUCGCCUCCUCGCACUACCAGUCCUACACCGCCGCCCUCACCGUCACCAUCGCGGUCGGCUGUUUCCUUCUCCUCCUGAAUGUGUUAAUAUUCGCCGGCAUCUACCACCAGCGGGGCUCGCGGCCGCGGCGGUCGAAGGACGACUCGAACGAGGGCGGCAGCUCGUCCUCCUCCGACAACUACGACGGGAAGCUGGACUACGAGAUCCGCACGUUCAGCGGCAAGGGCUUCGGCUUCGAGUGCAAGUCAGCACACGUGCCGCGCGCGCCCGGCUCGAAGUUCGACCUGCGCGCGCUGUCCGACUGCGGCGAGCCCACGUUCGGCGAGUACAGCUGCUACGACGAGAAGCACCGCGCCGCGCGCCGCUCGCUGCCCGACGUGAGCGUGGGCGGCGCGCUGGACGCCGGCAGCGUCGUGUGUAUAGACACGCAGAAGCCUGAUAUUCAGAAGUUGGACGAUAAACCGGACCCGGUGGGGCGAACUAGUACGUUUGAACCGCGUGUGGUGGACAGUUCGACGCAAGUGAAGUUCGGUCCCGGCGGGACGGACGUGCCGGCGGGGGCGGCGGCGGAGGGCGCGGAGGGCGCGGGCGGGUCCGGCGCCGCCCGCCCUGGCCCCGCCGCGCCGCCGCCUCCGCCCGGCAUCAUGAAGAAGCGCGUGCAGAUCCAGGAGAUCUCCGUAUGAGGGUUGAUGGACUCCGUGGAGGUAGUUGUCAAUAAAAGGACUAAAUUGUGAUUCUAAGUGCGUGUGAGUGUACAUAAUUAUUUGACGCACAUCCUACCUUCCAUUACUUAAUUAAAGUGCCAUCUGAAAGCUUUUAUGUCAUACAUGUGCAAAUGUACUUGCUAUAAAUUAACUUACGAGUAUGUGUAGUUGCACUAUAUCUGUAAAUAAUAAAAUAAGUAAUGUCGUGUUUUGUUCAGAUUAUGAAAAUAUUUGUAGGUUUAAUUGUUUCAUAUUUUAGUUAUGUUCAAUUUGAUACCUACUCACUUAUUACGUAGAAAAUAAGAUUAUGUUCAAUGUGAAUAUAGCUAAUUUAGUAAAAACAAGACUUCUUAAAUAAACUUCUAACUUCCAGUGUUGUAAAUAAUUGAUGAUAACUGAAAAAUGUUUAUAUAGUAGCACAAUACCUAGUAUAAUUUACAUAUUGUAUUAAAAAGGUGUAUGUUGUUGUAAAGUUAAUUUAAGUGAGUUAUAUUAACUUUGAGUAGUUUUUGAUAAGUAAAGUAUGGAAAACUUAUGAAAGAAGGUUUUCAUCAAGAGGUGGACGUGUACCCAAACUGUCGGUAUCUUUAAAUAACGGUUACAUAGUGCAUACUCAACCCAUUUCAAAUACAUAAGUACAUACUUACGUAAUGGUUUGCUCAUGAAAUAAUUUUCGGAUGAAUUUAAGGUAAUCAGGGUAAUGACAGCAGUUUCUUACCUAAUAAUAAAGGCUCAUUCAAUUCGUUCUUAAAAUCCAUCACCUUCAUUAAAAAAUAUGUGAUUCCAAAUAAAAAAAUCUAUCUUACGCUUUGCUCAAAAGCUGCGGUUGCGUACACGUCCAUAAUUUUAUCUUUCAUGGGAAUUGAUGAUAUGAUAUGAACUAAAAAUAUAAUUAUACUGUGAGUGAAUAUAAUUAAAUAAUUUUGAGCCAUUUUGUGACAAAAUGUGAAAUUUAAACAAAACCUUACAUUAGGAAUGUAAAAUCAUUGAAAUACGAGUAUUACGUCAUAUUCCUACUUCCUAGUUCAAUAUAAGUCCACAUUAAAUGUGUAUAUUAGAUAGAUACAUUUAUUAUUCUUGUUGAAAUUGAGGCCCAAGUCAUGAAUCAUAUCCCAAAACAUUAUUGCAUUAUUUACUAUGGUUUAAUUGAAUGAUUUGAUUUAUACCAGCAUACCUAAUUUAUUUAUAAAAAAAAGUUUCAUAGACAUAAAGGAAACGCGAAUGGAAAUUCGCAGAUUUGCACCACAAUACGCAACAGUAAUCUGAGAGUUUUAUAGUAUAUUCAAAAUCUAACCAUAGGAAGUCAAAUAUCAGAGAAAGAUACAAUAUAUUCAAAUGAGUACAUGUGUAUUAGUCUAGGCUCCUGAUUGGAAUAUGUUGCUGUGUGAUGCCCCGACCCCGGCCACCCGUGCAGAUUAAAGCAAAUCCCUCUAGUCUUGGAGGAGGCCUAUGUCCAGUAGCGGACUCAGUGUUGUACGUGACAAGACCCAU